AUGGCUUCCAAAGCUGUGGUGAACUCAGCUCUUGUGUUGAGAACCCUCACCCUCUUGCUUUUGGCUGCCUCGGUUGUGGUAAUGACCACCGACAAUUUUAAAUUUAGUGAUGGUUCCAAAACCAGCUUUACGGAUGUCAUUGCUUACAGGUAUGUGGCUGCUACGGGUGCGGUCGGAUUUUUGUACACGGUGGCGCAAAUACCCUUUGCUGUAUUUCAUGCCUGUACUGAAAAGAGGCUCCUUCGCCCGGAGUUCGACUUCUAUGGAGACAAGGUCAUUAGCUUGCUUCUGGGCACCGGUGUGGGAGCUGGUUUUGCAGUCACUUUUGAGUUUAAGAGAAAUUUGAAUGAUUUUGUACAAGGUGUGGAAGAUUUGAGUGAUCUAGAUUUAAGUGAAUUCAAAUCCAAGACGGAGAAAUUCCUGGAUAGGGCGAUAAUUGCUACAGGUCUGCUCUUCCUGGGAUUCAUUUGCAUGGCCAUUCUUUCAGUACUUUCAUCCCUCAGUAGGAGUAUUGCUAAAUCAAGCAAAGGCUUCUUUGGAUGAUCACCAUCAAAUUCUCAAACUUACGGAAUUAAGUUAUUCUAAUAUUAUUGUGAAUCAGCGUUGCUGUUCCUUGUUUUUUUUGCUACGAUUUGAUUUUGUUUCUGGGUGCAUGCAUGGUUCCUGUAAUGCAGAUACAACAUUAUU